UGUGUCGCGGGGGAACGGUUUGAAUGGGAGGCUGGGAGGAGAAAGUGGUGCAGCCUGCAGGGCCUGUUUUGUAAUUGUAAUCACAUUUCCCGACCUCUGAGCCCUGCUGACUGCAUGACACCGUAUUAUCACAUACCGUCUGUAAUUGGACAACUGCAGCCUAGCCUGCUGCGUUUUGGAUGACGGCAGGUGGUGCCUGUCAGGACGGUGAAGAAGGGCCCUUUUUGCAGUGUGCUGAUUUGCUGGUAGUAUGGCAGUUGUUGCCCUGUAGGAAGAGACCAUGGACUGCUCUUCUUUUGCAAUAGCUCAUCCUGGACCAGAAGAUAGCAAGAGCUGGGUGAAGCACCAGACUGCCUCUUCCUCACUGUGUGCCUGCACCUUUCAGCGUCGUCGACUCAUCAUCUACAGACCACGAGACGAAGAUGAAGACAAGAAUGAAAGUGAAAAGAAUGACAGUGCUACACACAAGGUGGCCAAAAGAUUGAAAGCAAAGACUGCUGUUAGUCCUUUGGGUGUGUUGGGAGCAGGGGAUUCUCUUUCAGUGAACUGCCGUAGACCAAGACGUGAGAGAACUGUGCGAAAAAAGUGCCCAGUAUGUGCAUCGCCCUGCAAUAAGGGCUCUGAAACUUCCAGGCUUUAUCCAUUGAAAGAAAGGAGAAGCUCUGCAGACGAUUUGACAAAAGAGAAGACUUUGUCACCAUGUCAAGGGCCUGCUAGUGAUGGCAGUCUUAGCUUAAGCCAUUGCAAAAAGCCAAGGUUGUCUGUCCAGCAUACACUUGAACAAAAGGACCAGCAGACUACCAUUCAGGACCCUUCUGUUGAGAAAGCUGCAAAAAAUGAAGGUUCCAGGCAGCUUAGACUGAAACAAAGGAGGAGCACUGGAGAGGACUUGAUUCAGGAGAAAACUGUGAUGCCGUGUGAAGGGUCAACAUGCCUGAGCAGUCUAGAUUCAAGGCGAUCUAAAAGACGAACUUCUUCCAACUGCCGUACACUUGAAGAAAAGGAACAGGAUGUUCCUUUUCUCAACUCUCCUGUUGAGAAGGCCACAGAAGAGUCUCAGGCUGGUGAACUUGAAUACAGGAAAGCUGUUUCGAAAUCUGAACCACAGGGUUGCUUGGAUAUAUCUGGAAGGGAACGCUUACGGAGACGUUCUUCUACACUCUUCAGUGCGGAUGUAACAGGACCGAAGGAUGAAGAAGUGGUAGCUUUGUACACACCUUUAAGUAACUGCCCAGGGUUUCACAGUCCUUGCAGUGCACAUGGAGGCUGCUACAGUGCAUCUCAGUCUCCAUCUAAUGAUUGUUCAUUUGUCAGAAGUUUACAAACUGCUGAAGACCUGCACUCUACCCCUCCGUCCACAGAUGAGCACUUCCAGAAGUGGGGCAUAGGUUUGUUGUUUCAAAGCAUGAAGUCCAAGCUGGAAAACUUUGCAGAGAGAUUAUUCACCCCUGUUAAGUGGGUCCUUCAUGAAGUAGCAGAGCCCAGGGACUCUGUCAACAGUCAGAUGACUCCAGGUAGGCCUGUCCUGCUUAGCCCCUCUGAAAUCUCCAUAAAGAGUGCUCCAAGGGAAUUGUUCUGUGAAGCUGCCUGCAGUUCAAGUACCAGAGUCAGAAGUGGAGGACAAGUACAGCCUGCAGAUGCCCUUACAGAUGGUUUUGUAGUAAAAGAACAGGCUGUUCAUGUGGCAGAAGAGACUGUUGUGAGGGCCUUGAAUACACCUAGCAGUGCUACUAAAAAGCUGUCACUAAAUUUGGUGACAGAUGAAGCAAUUUCUCCAAUGGAGAAACAUCCGUCCACAAGCAGAGAUGGCAAAGAGCAAACUGAGGCCAAAACCAGUACACCCAAGACUGGAAUGAACAUUGAGAUGAAAGUUGCAUUGCCAGCCCUGCAUACCAAACGUCCAUUGUCCCCUUUGGUUACUGGUGUCACCCAGCGUAAGAGGAGAAAGAAAAGGAGGAAAGCUUCAAGAGGAAGGCUGAGUAGAUCGACUAGGAGAGCUAGCGGAAGGAGUGCUACUCAGGCACGCAAGUCGUCAAGCAAUAUGUUUAACAAUAAAGACCUCUGUAAUAGCUCUGAGGCAGAAGGGGAUACCCAAAAGUAUUCCAUAGCAGGUAGUCCGCUGCUUCGACUAGAUUCUUGUAAAAGUUGUGACCCUUCUAGUUCUGGGGACUGCUGCUACCCUGUGACUCCUCCAAACUGUGUCAGGCCAGUGUUUUUAGCUGCUCGCUUGAGCCGCAGCCAUUCAUGGCCUGAUUUCCCACCAUCCAUUCCACGGAUUGCAUUGGAUACCCCAUUAAAAUGCAGCAAGGGUGGGCUGGCUUGCUGUGAACCCAAAAAUGCAUCACAGGUUGACCGGAAACGAAGACACACACUGUGUAGUGAAGAAGUGGCUCGAGAGUUCGUGUGCCAGCCUCUUUCCUUACUCUGCUUGAAAAAAGAAGUUUUCCCAUCAGCAGCAUUGUCCACUCACGUUGAAGGUUUCCUCUCCAGCCCCAUAGCUUUUGUGUCCCAGUGUGGUAAUUGCAGCCCUUUUCUGCACAUCAGUGGUUCCAAGGAUGCUACCUCACCCUCCCCUUCCCCUCAUGCAAGGGUGACCCCGGUGUCUAGGGAAGAAGCCCAACAGCUUUCAGUGCUCGGCAGCAGGUUUGAAAACAGCCCAGAUGGAGAUACGGAACGUGUGGAAUGUAAGCCCCCAGCACCAAAAAGGCAGCGGAUGGAACAGAAUGUCAUCCAUCAGAGAAGCAGCCCAGUGGAGCAGGGCCGUUUCUCAGACUUUAAGAAGAAGAAUUUGGAUGCAUCACAGAACGGAAAAGCAGGGAAAGUGUCCUGCUUCCCAAUUCGGAAAACACCAGCUAAGCCGCAGUAUGAUCUUACGCCUAUGGGUCUUCCAAAGCCCAUCAGGUUGAAGAAAAAGGAAUUUACCUUGGAGGAGAUCUAUACAAACAAGAACUAUGCAACACCCACAGAGAAACGAUUCAUCAUUGUUUCGCAUGGCUAGCAGAAUCGAAAAAGAUGCUGGACCUUCAGGCUCUAAAUCUGUAACUUAAUUUCUAACUCCUGCCAAAAAGCUCUAUCAUGGGUUCUGGUUAAAGUGUCUGCAUCCAAAUGUUGUCUCAGUUUGUAUGUGCUGUUUGUUCUCAGUAAAACACGAAAAGGACAAAACGGCAAGAACUACAUUUUGUCUUCUCAGUCUUUCACAUUUCCCAGUGGAUCAGAUGUGCAUCAGACCAGAAUACCGAGGACAAAGUCACAUGCUUCUUCCUAAAGAAAGAAAGAAAGUAAAUAUAAACAGAACUGUUGAUAUCAGACAACUGUACCAAGACAUUCGUGCAAAUGACAGAGAAAGAGUUUGACAUCAUAAAUGACUCUCCUUGUGUGAGGUAGGAGAAUAGAUCACAUGUAAAAUCAGAUAGAUAAGUUCCAGAGAUGGUUAUGACCAAAUCCAUGGCUGUAGUCCAGACCAUUCAGGACAGUGGGAUACUAUAGGCAUAUCCUGACCUGUAAGCCUGAUUUAUGAUCCUUGUAAACAGCAAGAGAUGAGUAGUACAAACUGCAAGACCAGAUGUGACUGUCAUGAAUAAGAAGCAAAUGUUUGGAGAAGAAUUUUUCCUUAGUAAACCAGCAUGGAACUUGUUUCUUGCUUUAGUCUUAGUAAGCCAAGUGCAACCCACAAGGCAUACCUGCUCAUUUUGAGGACGACCUUUGAAGGUGUUUUUUCUCAGUGAAAGUAGUAAGAAUUGAUUCUAGUUGAAUGAACGCAAUUCAUUAAGAACUCCGCCUUAAAUCUACUAUACUGCCAGACCUAGAGUACAAUCCUACAGUUGUAUACCUGAUUAGAGCAUAUGUCUUUGCCACUGGAAUUUGAGGAAGAACUUGGAAUAACUCAGUUUGUUAUACUGGGGUUGCUGUGGUACUUUUGUAGAGUUGCUUCCUGCUCUUAAGUCGGAAAGUCAGUCUGUGAAGUCAUGCUAAGACUUGAAUGAUGGUUGGCAGAUGUUUCCAAGUACCUGUAUCUCUGGCCUUUGGAGUGGUUUAGAUACUGCAGUUGACAGUUGGUCCCAAUUGGUCUUUGACUUUCUUGGUUAAAGACUUCAGGAAUCUUUGAUAGUUGAGGCAGAAAAAUGAUGUGCGUCUCCACUUCACUGCUUCUUGGGGAAGAAAGCAUCCUGUGUGCCUGUGGCAUAAUUUGGUGAUGGACCAUGCGCUGGUACAGAACGUCACAGAAUGGAAGAGGUGCGAUUUCUGUAUCACACAAGUCAGUUUGCACCACAUUAAUUGUGCUGUUUGGUGUACGACCGUAUUUGUUCAGUUUUUGUGUGUAAAGUAGUUUUUGAAGAUGGAUUUUUGGAUUCUAUGGCUUUACUGUAAAUCUGUAACUUCUUUACAUACUUAAGAGUUGUCUUGGCAAAGUUAUUGCAGUAAACUGUUCAAGGUUGCUGAAUAAGAGUUUGCAUUAUGGCAUUUCUGGUCAGAGGAGUUUGAACUUUUGGCUGGCGGAAAACUGGAGUGUUGUGGAAAACUUGACACAGCAAGGUCUGUAAUGAAUAUGGCAUUGUUUGUCAUGUUUCAUCCAAGUGCAUGCCACGUCAUAGUGGACAGCUUUAAUUUUGAGCUAUGGAUGUGUCCCAGAUGUAUAAAAUGGGAGUGAAAUGUUUUCUUUCAAGGAAGGCUCAUUGACACAAAUUACAAAGAGAAUUGGAAGAAGUUGGCAGAUGAAUUGAGAAGUACCUUUAAAAGUUGAGAUAUUACCCUUUAACACAUGCAUAUCGGAAUGUCUUCCAGUGACCCUAUCGUAAGGGAAGUGGCUAGUAUGAAAAUAAGGCAUGCUGCUCUACACUACCAGCUGAAGAGGGCUACUCGGGUUCUCCACCCAGAACACAUGCUGCGCAAUGACUGAACAUUCCUGAAGGAAAGUGCAGAGUGCCUGAGAGAACUCCGAGACUAACUGUAAGUGUACGCAUGUUUGUCUGACCUUAUUUAGUAAACCUGAGUAUGCAUGAGUGGUUUGUGGCAGGCGAAUACCUGAAGUGUACAGAUGAUACCCGUGUUGCAGUGAUGAUGAUGCUGCUGUUGUUGGGAUGAUGUUGAUUUCAUUGUGUAGUUGUUUGGAAUUUUCUUUUAGGAGGUAGUCAGUUGGCAAGAAUUCUGUGCGAUUUUUGAACUUAAGUUGUUGUCAGACAUUGGUCUGUGGUAGUUCAGUUUACUGAGUAGAGUCACUGAGAUUCAGAGUCCCUUUAUUAUGGCUUGAUUGUAUACCAGAAGGAGGUAGUAAAGCAGUCACAUGGGCAACAUUGGAUUCUGACAUGGACACAGCAGUUUAAAAUAGAAUUUCACUACAUGCAAGUACUUUCAGAGCUAAUGUAACAGCUGGAUCUAACCUUUUCAAGUUGUUACUUGCUAAUCCAGAAUUGCGUAAACCACAAAGGACCAGUGUCUUCUGCUGAACACUGUAGUCUUCUCAGUUCCUUAAUUGAAUGCUCUACAGCUGACUGUAUAAAAUGGAAAAGAAAUAUAUUCUUUUGAAGAUUGGUGACUUUAUCCCAAUCAGCAGUGAUUUAUCCUCAUUUAUAUGUGAUGCUUUUGACUAUAAGUCUAGGAGGAAGUUGCCAGAGCUCACAUCUGUCAUGGAUCAUUAAGAACACUGAACUGCUACACAAAUGAAACUGCAUUUGAAAGAACUGAUUGCACAGUUUAGGCUUCGCUGCUAUUCUUAUCCGUUCUUGAAGAAGUUCUGUUUGGGAUUUGCAUGUGAAAUAUAAAGCAGGAACUGAACUCAGCCACCUGGGGUUGUGACUGUCAUUUUGGUAAUGCGUAUUGACUAGCUUUUCCAGCUUCUUCUAUGGCCUUCAAAGAUCAGCAGGACAUCAUGGCAUUAAUAAAAAGGUGUAGUACAUGCCUUCCUAAGUUUACAGAAAGCACAAGCCCCUAUACUUGAAAGUUAUCUGUGGAUGUUGCAACUGGCAUACUUCUUUAGGAUAUCUGAUGAUCUGCAACUAGAUUCUGAAAUUAGUAGUAGGAUCCGCUAGUGUUAGGGUAUGCUACAAGUUAAUUAUGUGCCUCCUGUGAGAACAUUCAGAUCUCAGUUUUAUUAACGCUGUUUGGGUUUGGUCUCAUGAAAUGUUUGUGUGGUUAUUGUGCAGUGUGGUCUCUACUGAUAUUGAAUUGUAUUGCAUUUUGUUCUGUUGUGUAGUUAACGGUUGUCUGCAGUAGAGUUUUUGGGACUUUAUUUGAGAAGAGUAGAUUUUCAUUGUGAUUUACUUUAUAAUUUUAAUAAUGUAGUCUAUAGAUUGUGAGAUUCCUUUUGUAAUUCCCAUAACUGUAUAACUGUGUUGUAGCUGAAAGUGGCCCUGUGGGGAUCCACUCUUUGUACAUCUUUAAAUGAAUGAAUAAAACAUUGUUUGAACAGUCA